UUUUUUUUUAUCAUAAAUCAAAGUUAAUAUUCGGUCCACGCCCCCCCAACAACAACAAAAUCCGAAAUAUCUUGCGCGACAUUUCGUCUUAAGAUGGACUCUCUCUGUAUUCGCAAUCGUACCUGAGAUAACUCACAUCCUAGUAUUACUCUACUGCUAAUCGUUAAUCCAAAAACCCGGUUUACCCCCUCUCUCGUCUUCUACCUCGUUUUCAUCUCUACCUGUGUUUUGUUUUUUUUUUUCAACGUUUUAUGUAUUUAAUAUAUCGAUAGAUGGUGAUAUUUUCCAGGAUUGGCCAUUCAGUUUCGCGAUCUUCUCGUUCUAGGAAUGUAUUGCGUGGUGUUGGUGUUGUGAGAUCGGCGGCAUCUAGCGACGCGGCUACAGGAGUGCCACUUAUUGGGGCAAUUCAUCAUCCACCUGGUGGCCGAUUAGGUUUUCUGAGGGGAUAUAUAGCCGCAAUUGGAGCUCACCGGGAGUUUGUUCCUAAAACCAAUUUAUGGGAUUUACGUUAUGUUCUUGCCCAUCCCGGGAUUCGCAGGUUUUUCUCCAAUGAGGCCCCCAAGAAGAAAAAUUAUGAAAACUUCUAUCCCAAGGAGAAAAAGGAAAUCCCAAAGGGGAGUGAGGAGAAGUCUGAGUCCAAAGAGAAGGAUUCAAAUGCAGAUGAUCGUAACAAUUUCCAGGAGGUUUUCAUGAAACUUCAAAACCUGCUCUUCCCAGUACUAGCCAUUUUGCUGCUUUUCUCUUCCUCUCCUUUUGGUCCAAGUGAAGAACAACAGAUUAGCUUCCAGGAGUUCAAAAAUAAGCUUCUGGAACCUGGUUUAGUGGACCAUAUCGUUGUGUCCAAUAAAUCAGUUGCGAAAGUGUAUGUGAAGAGUAGUCCACACAAUCAAACAAGUGACGACAUGGUCCAAGGUCCUGCUACUGGUGCUUCAGCAAAGGGACAUGGUGCUCAGUAUAAAUGCUACUUCAAUAUUGGAAGUGUUGAAUCUUUUGAGGAGAAGUUGGAGGAUGCCCAGGAAGCAUUAGGGACAGACCCUCAUGACUAUGUUCCUGUCACAUAUGUCUCUGAAUUGCUUUGGUAUCGGGAACUAAUGAGGUUUGCACCAACUGUCAUGCUUUUGGGGGCUCUUAUGUUCAUGGGGCGGAAAAUGCAGGGUGGAUUAGGAGUUGGUGGCGGUGGAGUAAAGGGCGGCCGCGGAAUAUUCAACAUAGGAAAAGCCAAUGUAACAAAAGUGGAUAAAAAUUCUAAAAAUAAGGUGUAUUUCAAGGAUGUUGCUGGCUGUGAUGAGGCAAAGCAAGAAAUCAUGGAGUUCGUGCAUUUCCUCAAGCACCCUAAGAAGUAUGAGGACUUAGGAGCAAAGAUUCCAAAAGGUGCCUUACUGGUAGGGCCACCUGGCACAGGAAAGACUCUUUUAGCAAAAGCGACUGCUGGAGAGUCUGGUGUGCCUUUUCUAUCUAUAUCUGGUUCAGAUUUCAUGGAGAUGUUUGUUGGUGUUGGACCAUCUAGGGUGAGGAACUUGUUUCAAGAAGCAAGACAGUGUGCUCCCAGUAUAGUUUUCAUUGAUGAGAUUGAUGCGAUUGGUCGUGCGAGGGGCCGUGGAGGGUUCUCAGGUGCGAAUGAUGAGCGUGAGAGUACCCUUAAUCAGUUACUGGUAGAAAUGGAUGGUUUUGGCACAACUUCAGGAGUGAUUGUGCUUGCUGGCACUAAUAGGCCUGACAUUUUAGAUAAAGCUUUGUUGAGGCCUGGGCGUUUUGAUCGACAAAUCUCCAUUGAUAAACCUGACAUUAAAGGCCGUGAACAGAUACUUCAGAUCUACUUGAAGAAGCUCAAACUUGAUCAUGAGCCAUCACAUUACUCACAAAGACUUGCUGCGCUGACUCCUGGAUUUGCUGGAGCAGACAUUGCAAAUGUUUGUAAUGAAGCUGCUUUAAUUGCUGCAAGGGGUGAAGGAUCACAGGUGACAAUGGAACACUUUGAGGCUGCUAUAGAUAGAAUCAUUGGUGGUCUGGAAAAGAAAAACAAGGUAAUAAGCAAGCUGGAACGCAAAACUGUUGCUUAUCAUGAAUCUGGUCAUGCUGUUACCGGCUGGUUUUUGGAACAUGCAGAGCCCCUGUUGAAAGUGACAAUUGUUCCUCGUGGUACCGCAGCUCUGGGCUUUGCUCAGUAUGUUCCGAAUGAAAACCUUCUCUUGACCAAGGAACAGUUAUUUGAUAUGACUUGCAUGACCCUUGGUGGGCGAGCAGCUGAACAGGUUUUGCUGGGAAAAAUCUCUACCGGAGCCCAAAAUGACUUGGAGAAGGUGACAAAGAUGACAUAUGCCCAAGUUGCAGUGUAUGGGUUUAGCGAAAAGGUAGGUCUCCUCUCUUUUCCUCAAAGGGAGGACUCAUUUGAAAUGUCUAAGCCCUACAGCAGUAAGACUGGGGCGAUCAUUGACAGUGAAGUACGGGAAUGGGUAAGCAAGGCAUAUGAAUGUACAGUUCAGCUUGUAGAGGAACACAAAGAGCAAGUGGCUCAGAUUGCUGAGUUGUUGCUUGAGAAGGAAGUCCUUCAUCAAGAUGACUUGGUUAAAGUACUGGGUGAGCGGCCAUUUAAAUCAAGUGAAGUCACUAAUUACGAUAGAUUUAAGAAAGGGUUUCAUGAGGAAGAUCAAGAGAGUCUACAGAUCCCCGAGAGUGGAUCUGCGGAGGACGAUGGGUCCUCACCUCUUGAACCACAAGUUAUCCCUGCUUAGUUUUUGUUGAGGGUGUGUGUUUGUAUGUUGGAAGUAAUAAAUUUGUUUCAAAACUGGACAAAUUCCCCAUGACAAAUGAAACGUGUACAUUAUGUUCAAUAGUGCAUUGUUAUAUUCAAACGACAAUUUUGGAGUAA